CCCACAGGGCAGUGGCACUGAUUUCUUAGAUUCGUAGUAAUCCUUAGCUGCAGAGAUCGAGAAGGAGAGGAAUUGUCUCAAUGUCGACCCACCAAGACGAUCUCGAUCUCCUCCUCUCUCUUCAAGAUAGGGUUUUGGAAACCCCUCCUGCUUCUCCUUCCACCCUUCACUCGGCGGAACCAGGCUACCUGUCCGACGAUGGAUCUCCCAAGCGGGUCCGGAAGGCUGAUAUGUCUGUCUUCAGAGACUCUGUUGGAGAGUAUCUCAAAUAUGAACCUAACAUCGUCGAGAAAGCUUCCAGGUUGAGCAAACCUAGGAACUCAAAUGAUAUUGAUGUUGACAAAUUCUCGGGUCUACGAUUUCGGAAGCCCUUGUUAUCAGCUGCAGAGCUGAGCAACCAUUUCUCUGAUAUUCGUUUUGUUCAGUUGCCAGCAAUAAGGAAUUUACUUGUCAGUGAUAACAUUUCUGGUUGUUGGGCCACCGUCGGUGUUCUGGUUGAAAAAGGGGAUCGGAGAGUAAGCUCCACUGGGAAGAACUUCUGUAUAUGGAGAAUUGGGUGUUUGGAUGAAAACACAACUCCUGUGUUCUUGUUUGGGGAUGCUUACACUAAGAACUGUAAUGAGAUGGUAGGAACUGUCUUUGCAUUUUUCAAUGCUGGUGUACGCAAGGAUACUAAGGACCCUGGGUUUUCUCUCAGUGUGUUUUCGGCUAACCAAAUUUUGAAGAUGGGAACUUCUGUGGAUUAUGGAGUUUGCAAAGGAAACAGAAAGGACGGGAUGGCUUGCACCGUUGUCAUAAAUAAGUAUGUAGCUGAUAUUGUUUUUUGAGUUUUUAUAUAAUCACCAAUUUUUCAUU